UUGGGCUAUGCUUCAACCAGGUCUAUGUUGAAAUAAUAUAAAUACAGCUUUCUUUCAUCACUUCUGUUGAUUCUGUUUGCUGCUUUCCACUACUGCUCUUGUUUUAACACACACUUUCUGUCCGCACAAUCAUCCUUGCUCGUCUUGCUUGCUACUUACUCCAGAUGCUUUUUCCGGUCACCUCUCCUUACCUUCCCCAUCUCAGUCAAUUGAAAUCGGCCUGCAGAUUGGUAUCGUUAUCUAUCGACUCCAAUGUCUGUGACGACUUCUACUCCAACGUUGUUAUUCAACAAGUCUACAAAAUUAGCUCAAUUGAUCAUGUUCAAUCACUAGAUGGAAAAGAUGGAAAAGAAUCUGCAAACGAACCCAACCAAUAUCAAUUCACUCAUCCAGUUCAAAAUUUAUCAUCAAUUUAUAACUUCAAAUUCACUAUCAUUCCACUUGAUAACUCAAAGAAACCGAUUGUAAUUGAAAGCAAAUGCUAUCUAAAGGCAAAGGCCGAAAAGAUUUAUGAUGAGAUAAUCACAAAUGACAAGUCAAAUUCAAUUGCUCUAACUACCCAUUUAACUGAUGAUGCGUUUGAUAUCACUUUGGGUAAUAUGCCCCUGAAUUGUAUUGUCAAAGUGGACUUGAAAUACGAUACUAUUCUAAAAUAUGAUAACCAAUAUAACGCCUUCAGAUAUACUAUCCCCUUGAGUGUCCAUGACAGAUAUAACUCCAAUGAAUCACCCUCUAUUGAUGCAUCUGAUAAUGAUGCAACUGAUGCCAAAAACCCAAUUCACAGCUUGACAGAAAACGAUCAUAAAAUUCUUUCCUCACUGCUUAAUAUCCAAACUCCAAAUACUGUAUCAAUUUCCACUAAAUUUAUAAACAAAAUUAAAAAAAUUAAAUGUGUUUCAAGCCAUGUAUUAAAUUCAAAUGACACUUUUGUUAAUACUGACCAAGUUAGUUUUUCUCAUGAAUUUCCCAAUUUUGGUGAUCGUAAUGUCAUUUUUUAUCACAAUUAUAACAUUUUCAAAGACUAUACUCUAAUAAUAUAUCCAAAUAACUCCAUAUCAAGUCACUUAUCAUCUGCAUUAUCAAACAAUUUCGAAAUUCCUUCCUCAAAUGAUUUAUUAUCUAAAAAUUUCCCUUACAACUCAUGUCUUGCUUUAUCUGUUUUGCCCGAAUUUAACAAUAAUCUUGCUCCCAGUAAUUCGUCUAUUGUCAAAAAACAAAUCAUCUUCCUUUUAGAUAGAUCCGGUUCAAUGUAUGGAAGUCCAAUUGCAUUACUAAAAGAUGCUUUGAACUUAUUCAUCGCUUCUUUUCCUUUCGAAGACAAUACCUCUAUUAAUUUGGUAUCUUUUGGCUCAGAUGUCUCAUCUCUAUGGGGUCAGUCAAAACCGAUCACCUCUCAGUCAAUUCAUAAUGAAAUCAAACAAUACACUGACUCAAUUCUGGCUGAUAUGGGAGGUACUGAAAUUUUAAAAGCAAUUAAAAAAGUAAACUCUCUAGUAGAAGACUUUUUGAAAAAAAAUAAACCAACAAAAAAUGUUAAUCAAUUUAUUGAAACUGAAGUCAUUUUAUUAACUGAUGGUGAAGUUUGGAACAUUGAUCAAGUCGAAUCGGAAAUUAAUACCUUUAAAAAAAAAUUCUCAAUUGAAAACAAAAAUAAAACUUUUCAAAAUUCUUCAAUUAGAUAUUUUUCAAUUGGUGUUGGUGAUUCAGUUUCUCAUGAUUUAGUUGACAAAAUCUCUUUAAAUGGUGAUGGUUACUCUCAGUAUAUUCAAUCUGAUGAAAGAAUGGAAUUGAAAAUUAUCAAAAUGUUAAAUUCUGUUUUAUCUUCUUCCUUAACCUAUGCUCAAAUAACUUUCAAAAAUGAAAUUUCAACUAUACAAGACAAUAAAAGCAAAAACAAAAAUGACAUUGAUGAUGAUGAUUAUAUUUUGAUUGAGCUUAAUAACAAAUUUGAGAAAAAUUUGAGUUUCUCAAACGUGAAAAAUCCUAACAACAAAAAACACAAGUCGUUCUUAAAUUUUGAUUUCAAUAAAAAAAGUAACGAUUAUUCAAUUUUCCCAUCAAAUUUUCAAGUCUAUUCUGAACAUAGAAACACUUUCUAUGUCUUCUUUCAUGAUCAAAAAUUCAAUAUCAAAAAUUAUGAUACCAUUUCUUUAUCAUAUCUCAACCCCAUUUCAGGUAAAUUACUUGAACUUGAGUCGCCACUAAAUAAAGAACCCAUUUCACCUAAAAUAAGUGAUUUGAUUGUUAGAAUGGGUGUUAAAGAAGCCCUUAAAGAUGACCCAAACAACACAGCCAAUGGACCAUUUAAGGCUCAGCUUGCUCUACGAUUCAGUUUGCUCUCUAAAUGGACAUCAUUGUUGGCUGUCAUGAAUGAGAAAAGUGAACAUUUUAUUUCUGCUGCUCAGGAUAAGGACGACUUGUCAAUUGAAGAAAAGGGCAAAUUUAUUGAUGGUGAUGAGAGCGAUGUUGAUGAGAAAACCUUAGCAGAAGUGUCUCUUGAAACACUGUCCUCUGGAAUCUCAAGAGGUUUCAAUCCUUAUGCUACCUACCGAUCUCGUAAGUCUCACCAAUUUCAUAUGUUAUCGGCUCCUAUGGGUGCUGUUGGUUCUGCUGUUCGAACCACUUCUAUUAGUCUCUCCAGUCCACCACCACCACCACCACCUGGUUCUUUUCUGAUUGCUUUUAAAGCAGCUAAACCUCAGAGUGCUGGAUUGUUUAAAAGGAAAAAUCAAAUUCAAAAAACUGCUUCUUUUGGUGCCCAGGAACAGUUUCAAUCUUUUCAGUUGCAACAGUCUCCUGUUCUAGAAACUGAUGUUGUUAAAAAAUCAAAGGGCUUUUCUGUGCCUGGCUUAUUUUCUUUUGGAGAAAAAUCUACCUCCAAAAAAGAUUCCAAGAAAAAAAAAGAACUAUCUUCACCACCUGUUCAAUUUGAUUAUAGUAAUGACAAUAAUAAUAACAUAAAUGAAACCUCCAGCUUUGAUUUAAGCCCUGCUGUUCGAGGAUAUGAAACUCCCUCUUUCAAUUCACUGAAUGCUUCUAUUAACAACUUUUCUGGUUUGAGUUCCAACGAAAAACUAAUUCAGUUAGUGAAAAAUCAGCAGUUUGAUGGUUCAUUUAAGAUAUGCUCUGCUGAUAUAUUAGAAGAAAUCAUAAAGGUCUCGAAGACGCCUAAUGCUAAAAAGGAAUCUUUUAAAAAUGAUCCUCUCAAAUUAACUGCCCUUAUUGUAAAAUAUUUGAGCAAAGAGUUGCUUGAUAUAAAAGACCUUUGGGGGGCGGUUAUUAAGAAAGCAAUGGUUUACAUCGAAAAAAGUCUUUCAGCUGAAGAUUCAAAAAAAUUAAUUGACGAUAUUUAA